AUGACUUUCAGAUCGACAUUGGCGGUACUCGCCGCCUUCGCGAUGCCGAUUCUUGCGCAGAAUGGCCAAUUCCCUGACUGCGCAUCUGGGCCGCUCGCUUCCAACAAGGUCUGCGACACUAGUCUAGAUCCAUGGACCCGCGCUAUGGCGCUUGUGGAGGCCAUGACCCUCCAGGAGAAAAUCGCUAACUCCGAAGCCGAGUCGCCGGGGAUCCAGCGCCUGGGGCUCCCCAAGUACACCUGGUGGAACGAAGCUCUACAUGGAGUCGCGCGCUCGAGAGGUGUUAGCUUUAAGCAGAACGGCGAAUUUAGCUACGCGACGUCUUUCCCACAGCCUAUUACCAUGGGCGCCGCUUUUGAUAUGGAUCUGGUUGAGGGGUUUGCUAAUGUCACAUCAACCGAGGCGAGAGCAUUCAACAACGCUGGCCAGGCUGGUCUCACAUACUGGACGCCCAACAUCAACCCUUACCGGGACCCGAGGUGGGGCCGUGGCAUGGAGGUGCCUUCAGAAGACGCCUUCUUCAUGAGCACUUAUGUGAAGCAUCUCAUCCCCACCAUGCAAGGCGGCCAGCAUGCAGAUCCAUACUUUAAGCUCGUCGCAACCUGCAAGCAUUACGCGGGCUACGACAUUGAGAACUGGCAAGGCAACAAGCGCUACGGCUUCGACGCGAAAAUCACCCAGCAAGACCUCCGCGACUAUCACCUCCUUCCAUUCCAAACAUGCGCUCGCGACGUAAACGCCCAGUCCAUCAUGUGCGCAUACAACGCCGUCAACGGCGUGCCCACCUGCGCCGACGACUGGCUCAUGAAUAAGCUCCUGCGCACGCACUGGAACUGGACCGAGGAGCAGCAGUACGUCACGAGCGAUUGCGAUUCGCUCAACAAUGUCUUCCAGGACCACAGGUACAAGGGCAUGAACGCCGCGCAGGUGGCUGCCGAGACGCUCAAGGCGGGAUGUGACCUCGAUUGCGGGGAUUUCUGGCCGCGGAAUCUCGGGCAGGCGUAUAACCAGGGGCUGUUCGACAUUAAGACUCUUGAUGAUUCGAUCGCGAGGAGGUUCGCUGCCAUGGUGAGGCUGGGUUACUUUGAUCCCAAGGCAGAUGUGCCGUACAGGCAAAUCGGAUGGUCGUCCGUUGCUACACCCGAGGCGCGAGCCUUAGCUCUCCGCGCCGCGACUGAGGGUUUGGUACUCCUAAAGAACAAUGGGGCGCUCCCUCUCGAGAAACCCGGCGGCGCCAUUAAGGCCGUUGCUGUUGUCGGGCCUCUCGCAGCAGCUACCACGCAAAUGCAGGGCAACUACUUUGGUAUCCCGCAAAAGAUUGUCUCGCCACAAGACGGUUUCAAGGCCGCCGGCUACACAGUUAGCACCGGCCGCGGCUGUGAUGUCGGUUGCAGUGGCACGGGACAGUUCAACGAGGCCCUAAACGCAGCUCGCCAGGCCGAUGCGGUGAUCUACGUCGGCGGUAUCGACGUUUCGGUCGAGGCUGAGGACAAGGACCGGAAUGACAUCACAUGGCCCGGCCAGCAGUUAGCUCUCAUUAAGCAGCUCGGGGCGGCCGCGACAGAUAAACCUUUUAUCGUCGUGCAUCUGGGUACCAUGCUUGACUCGACGGCAAUUGUCCAGGAUGAUAACGUCGAUGCGCUAAUUUGGGGAGGGUAUCCGGGGCAGGAUGGUGGAACUGCGAUUGCGAACAUCGUUUCUGGAGUCAGCGCACCAGCUGGAAGGUUGCCUGUAACUCAGUAUCCUGGCAGCUAUACUCGCGAUGUGAAGAUGACGGACAUGAACCUUCGACCGGGCCAGGGCAAUCCGGGGCGAACCUACAAAUGGUACACAGGAACACCCGUUUUCGAAUUUGGCCAUGGCCUCCACUACACCAACUUCAGCCUUACCUUCGAUCCAGAUCACAUCGGCGACCUUCCGGCGACCUUUAACACGGCCGAACUCGUGUCACAGGAAUCUGAGGAACUCUACAGGGACCUUUACCCGUUCACGUCGAUCCCCGUCAAGGUAACCAAUGACGGUGAAGUAGCUUCAGACUUUGUUGUUUUGGCGUUCCUCAAGGGUGAGUACGGUCCAGAACCGUACCCGAAGAAGAGACUCGUGGCUUUCACGCGCUUCCACGACGUGGCGCCGGGUGGGACGGCUACAGCUUCUCUGGACAUCAACGUCGGCACGAUUGCCCGUGGCGACGAGAAGGGAGACCUCGUGCUAUUCCCUGGAAAGUAUAGCAUCGUGCUUGACAUUGAUGAUCAAGAUGUGUGGGAGUUUACCAUUGAGGGCGAGAACGAACUGCUAGAUUCUUGGCCGGCGAGGUGA